AUGGAAAUCGAAUCUAUUAACCCUGGCGACGGCGUUAGCUUUCCGCAGCAAGGCCAGACCGUGUCCGUGCUUUACAAGGGCACGUUUCCCGACGGAAAACCGUUCGACUCGAAUCAAAAUCGUGAACAUCCGUUUCAGUUCAAGCUAGGCGCCGGUGAGGUGAUCCGUGGCUGGGACGAGGGAGUAGCUAUGAUGAGCAAGGGCCAGAUUGCCAAGCUCACGCUGUCUCACGAGUAUGCGUACGGUGAACGAGGACAUCCGCCUGUGAUCCCGCCGAAGGCUACGCUCAUCUUCGAGGUGGAGCUGCUGUCCUUCAAAUAG